AUGGACAUCAGCCAUGACCUGUCCCGCCUCAAAGGGAGAACAUUAUUGAUAACAGGCGGCGCAUCCGGCUUUGGCGCUGCCUUCAGUGCUCGUUGGGCAUCCGCUGGUGCCACUGUGAUAAUCGGCGAUAUCAAUCCAUCCGGAGAAGAAGUUGCCGCGCGAAUCCGACAGGAAACCCAAAACUCCAAUGUUCAUUUUAUCCAGCUCGAUGUCACAUCUUGGACAUCACAGGUGAACUUCUUCCGUGAAUCUGUUCGGUUAAGCCCCCACGGUGGAAUCGAUGCGGUCGUCGCAAACGCGGGGAUCAACGAUGCUCGGGAAUCUAAAGCUUUCGAAAAGCCUGAUGCUGAUUACUUGAAUGAUCCCAACCCGCCGGCGCCGACUUUUAAUACGCUUGAUAUAAAUAUCACUGGCGUUAUGUACACGGUGCAUCUAGCGCUGUUCUUCUUACCGAAGAAUCCCGGUUCGGAGCACUGCGAGAGUGAAUCUGUCAAUGAGUCAGGAAGAGACAGACAUAUACUGCUGCUGGGCUCCGUUGCAAGUUUACAUCCGCUCAUGACACAGAUUCCAUAUACCGUGUCGAAGCACGGCGUGCUUGGAUUGUUUCGGUGCUUGCGAAUCUCUGCAGCGGUCGAGGCGGGUAUCCGGGUGAAUAUUAUCUGUCCAUACUAUACCGAUACCCCGUUUAUGCAAGCGCCUGUUCGGGGAUUUUUGGCUGGAGUUCCGCUUGGGAAGAUUGAGGAUGUUGUGGAUGCUGCUUCGUAUUUGGUUGCAGAUACCUCAUGUAUAGGUCGCUCGUUGGUUACGGGGCCAAAGCUGCCAUCCACUGAAUUGACUGGUGCCAAUGAACAGGAGGGUCCAAUUUGGGAGUGCUAUCUACAUGAUUGGGAACCGGCAGAUGUGUUUACUCGACGGAUGCUGACAGCUGUCAAUGCGGGCAUUAAGGCAAGGGGAUGGGCUGGCUGGGCGUAUGAUAUGGCUGGUGCAUUGACUUGGCCAGUCCGCCGAUGGUGGAAUUCUAAACCUCAGGAGAAGCCUCGACGUGAUUGA